CUUUUCUUUUUCAACAAUGGAGACCGCGGUAACACUUGUUGGACGUAUAUCUCAUAUUUUUAGAAAGAAGAGAACAAGAGCGUCAUUUGGCAAAAUGAGCAGAAGAAUCUUGUUCAAUGGUUCAAGACUGUUUCGAGCGGAAUUUUUCGCAAUGUGGUUGCUUUAGCUAAGAUUUACGUUUUACAGAAGAAGGCUUCGUCUGUGAAGGCCAUUCUGACGGAAUUUAGAGACGCAGAAGGUCACGCGGCCAUCCACUACGCUGCCAAUUUGGGAAGCAACGAAAUUUGCGAGUGGAUAUUGGAUGAAGCUCCCGAGUGCGUACCUCCCUCUUUUUUUAAUGUCACCGUAGUUGGAGAUGGUCGAUGAGGUUGGCGACACUCCGUUGAGCUACGCCUGUCUAGGUAACCACAUGGAAACAGUGACCUUCCUGGUCUCCAAAGGCGCCAACGUCAACGCCUACUGCAAGGGUCGCUCUCCCAUCCAAAUCGCCUGCGGCAACAGCAGCCAAGCGAUCAUCGAGUUCCUCCUCUCCAACGGAGCGGACCUCUCUCUCGGCACAGACUCCGAGAUCGGCACCCCUCUCCACUGGUCCGUGGGUGAGCAUCGUCUGGACAUCACGCGUCUCCUGCUCGCGCAGAACGUCGACAUCAAUGCAGUCAAUCGCUACGGAGUCACUCCUCUCAUCAUGGCCAGCGCCGGAACCGACGCCUCCAUGAUCCAAUUGCUGCUCGAUCAUCACGCCGACCCCACCGUAUCUCCUCUCACGCGUCCUAACCGCGCAGAUCGCGCUGGACGACAACAUCACGCCGCUGCACAUCGCCGUGGAGGGAAACCACGUGGAGUCGGUCAAGCCGUUCCUCGCGCUGCCGCAAGCCGAGCAGUUAGCGAACCUGAGCACCACGCGGACGCAUCUAAAACCCGUCCACUUCGCUGUGGAGGUCAAGAGCCUCGAGAUUGUGCGACUUCUGGUCCCGCUCACGGCGGAAUACAAGGGAGAAUCCGCCGAGGAAGUGAUGAAGAAGGUGCAGAUGCAGUUCGACGCGGAGAAGGCGAAGACGGAGAUGGCGGCAAAGCCGAAGCCGAAGCCGCAGUUGUCUGCGUUCGAGCGACGUGUUUGCGAUAAAAAGCUCCGCGACGCGAAGGCCGCCAUGGCGGCGCAUGAUUACCAGCGAGCGGCCGAUCUGCUCAGCGAGGCCAUAGCGAUCAAUCCUCUCAGUGAGAAGUAGAAACGUGGAAACGGAGUGAGGGCUAGCCUGUUCGUGCAUCGAUGUAACGCCCUUCUGGAGUUGGAGCGAUGGAAGGAAGCCGAGCAGGACGCGAAGAAGGCCGUGGAGCUCAGUCCGCAGUGGGCCAAGGCGCAUCUCUGUCUGGGAAAUGCGUAUUUCAAGCAGGGAUUGUAUGUGGACGCGGCGACGACGUACUAUCGGGGAUGCGAAUUGGCGCCCGCGAACAAGGAGCUGUCGAUGAAGUUCCAGGAGGCGCUGGAGGUGGGGAAGAGAGAGAGACAGAGGGAGAUGAUGGAGGCGAAGGAGAGAACGGAACAAUAAGGGGUUUUCAUUUGUUUGUUGGAAAGGGAAGCCAAUUCCGGAUGAGCUCGUCCUCUGCGUUCUUGAUCGAUCCUGAAGGGUCGGUGGUUACCACGUUAGGUCCUCAACACAUUGUAAAUCCGACGCUAUGCUCUGGGGUCAUGAAGAAUAUCUAUUCUAGAGUGGAAGAUCUUGUUCCAGACGAAAAACCGAUUGUUGUGAUUGAGACGAAUCGAUUCUCCCUCACCGAAAAGAAACGAGGAGAGAAUCUUGUGUGUGUUGUAGAAGUUCGUACUGACUAAAUUAUUGUACUAUGUUU